AACCCCAAACAAAUCUCCGCUCUCGUCUCGCUCCCUCUCGUCCCUCAAUUCUUUUUGUUCUCUAUUUCAUUUUCCUUUCUUCGCCACCCACUGGCCGGCGAAAAGAUCACGAGAAGAGGAGCGGCGAAACCCUCGCUCACUCGGUCCGAUUUCCUGCCAUUUCUACAUCUAUGCCGGUCUGAGGACAUUUCCUCGAAGGUGAAGGGGGGAGAGGAGCAGGGGAAGAGGGUGGAGGGCGAGCGGUGCGAUGGCGACGGAGGACGAGAAGUUGCUCAAGGAUGCGAAGAAGCUGCCCUGGGAUGAGCGGCUCCUCCACAAGAACUGGAAGGUGCGGAACGACGCCAACAUCGAUCUGGCCGCGGUCUGUGACUCUAUCACCGAUCCGAAGGAUCCGCGCCUCAGAGAGUUCGGGCCUUUCUUCAGAAAGACAGUGGCGGAUUCCAAUGCGCCUGUGCAGGAGAAGGCGCUCGAUGCCCUAAUUGCAUUUUUGCGUGCGGCGGAUGCUGAUGCUGGGAGGUAUGCGAAGGAAGUUUGUGAUUCCAUCGUUGCUAAAUGCCUCACUGGAAGGCCUAAGACAGUAGAGAAAGCACAGGCUGCCUUUCUCUUGUGGGUGGAGUUGGAGGCAGCCGAAGUGUUCUUGGAAGCAAUGGAGAAAGCAAUAAAAAAUAAAGUUGCAAAAGCAGUUGUGCCUGCAAUUGAUGUGAUGUUUCAAGCUCUUAGUGAGUUUGGGGCAAAGGUGGUUCCUCCCAAGAAAAUCCUUAAAAUGCUUCCUGAACUUUUUGAUCACCAAGAUCAGAAUGUCCGUGCAUCUUCGAAAGGUCUUACACUUGAACUGUGUCGUUGGAUUGGAAAGGAACCAGUAAAAUCUAUUUUAUUUGAAAAAAUGCGAGAUACUAUGAAAAAAGAGCUGGAGGCAGAACUUGCCAAUGUUUCUGGAAUUGCUCGACCUACUCGCAAAAUAAGAUCUGAGCAAGACAAGGAACCGGAGCAAGAAGUUGUUGCAGAAAUUGUGGGUGCUGAUGCUUCUGAAGAAUCUACUUCCGAUGCUCCUCAGGAAAUAGAUGAAUAUGAACUUGUUGAUCCUGUGGACAUCUUGAACCCUUUGGACAAGUCUGGAUUUUGGGAUGGAGUGAAAGCUGCAAAAUGGUCUGAAAGAAGGGAUGCUGUUGCUGAGCUUGCUAAACUUGCUUCAACUAAAAGAAUUGCUCCUGGUGAUUUUAGUGAAAUCUGUCGGACCCUCAAAAAGCUUGUCACAGAUGUGAAUCUAGCUGUUUCUGUAGAGGCGAUUCAAGCAAUAGGGAAUCUGGCAAAAGGUCUGAGAAAUCACUUUGCUGCAAGUUCACGGUUUUUGUUACCUGUUCUACUUGAAAAGUUGAAGGAGAAAAAACCAGCUUUAACAGAAGCCCUUUCUCAAACUCUUCAGUCAAUGCACAAGUCUGGAUGCUUGACACUAGUUGAUGUCAUUGAAGAUGUUAAAGUGGCUGUUAAGAAUAAAGUUCCACUUGUGCGCUCAUUAACAUUAAUCUGGGUUACAUUUUGUAUUGAGACAAACAAUAAAGCAACUAUUCUCAAAUUGCACAAGGAUUAUGUGCCUGUAUUUUUGGAGAGCCUUAAUGAUGGUACCCCUGAAGUGAGAGAUGCAGCUUUUGCUGCAUUGGCUGCUAUAGCUAAGAUGGUCGGCAUGAGACCUUUAGAAAGGUCAUUAGAGAAACUUGAUGAUGUCAGAAAAAAGAAGCUUUCUGAUAUGAUUGGAAGUUCUGGUGGUGCUGAGGCCUCGACAUCUGGAUCAGCUCCAACUUCAAAUUCAAGUGCUAGUAUAUCCAGUCAUGGGGGUGCUGAUAGCUCAUUUGUGAAGAGAUCUGCUGCAAGUAUGCUUAGUGGAAAGAAGCCUGCCCAAGCAGCAUUGGCUAACAAAAAAAGUGCCGCAAUAAAGACUAGUGUGAAAAAGGCUGAUGGGGUUGGGCAAUCAAAGACUUUUGGAUCAGUUGAGACUGAAGAUGUUGAGCCAGGGGAAAUGAGUUUGGAGGAAAUUGAAGGGAAAUUGGGUUCUCUCGUAAAGGCUGAGACUAUUUCUCAACUAAAAAGUGGUGUUUGGAAGGAACGCCUUGAAGCUAUUGGCUUACUGAAGCAGGAGAUUGAGAAUAUCCAGGAUCUUGAUCAGUCUGCUGAGAUUUUAAUUCGUUUUCUAUGUGCUGUUCCUGGAUGGAGUGAGAAAAAUGUGCAGGUUCAACAACAGGUCAUUGAGGUUAUCACAUACAUAGUUAGCACUGUGAAAAGAUUUCCAAAACGAUUUGUGGUGCUGUGUCUUCUAGGCAUUAGUGAAAGGGUUGCAGACAUUAAAACACGUUCCCAAGCAAUGAAAUGCCUUACUACUUUUUCCGAGGCAGUUGGUCCAGGAUUUGUUUUCGAUAGACUCUUCAAAAUCAUGAAAGAUCACAAGAAUCCCAAGGUUCUUAGUGAGGGUAUUUUAUGGAUGGUCUCCGCAGUUGAAGAUUUUGGAGUUUUGCAUAUAAAGUUGAAGGAUUUAAUUGAUUUUUGCAAAGACAUUGGGCUGCAGUCCAGUACAGCUGCAACAAGGAAUGUAACAAUUAAACUUAUUGGAGUCUUACAUAAAUUUGUUGGUCCAGAUAUUAAAGGCUUUAUGACUGAUGUCAAGCCUGCUCUUCUAAGUGCACUAGAUGCUGAGUAUGACAAAAACCCAUAUGAGGGUUCUGCUGCAGCUCCUAAGAAAACAAUAAAAGCCUUAGAUUCUGGGUCAUCUAUUUCUGCUUCUGGGUCUGAUGGGCUGCCACGUGAAGAUAUUAGUGCAAAGAUGACACCCAAUCUUUUGAAAGAUAUAGGAAGUCCUGAUUGGAAAGUUCGUUUGGAGUCCAUCGAAUCUGUUAACAAAAUUGUGGAAGAAGCACAUAAACGUAUCCAGCCUGCUGGAACUGUGGAGUUGUUUGGUGCUCUUAAAGGCCGUCUAUAUGAUAGCAAUAAAAACUUGAUAAUGGCAACAUUGGCUACCCUUGGUGGUCUUGCAUCUGCAAUGGGUCCUCCUGUUGAGAAAUGUAGUAAGGGAAUUCUAUCAGACGUACUGAAAUGCCUUGGUGAUAACAAGAAGCACAUGAGAGAAUGCACUCUAAAUACUUUAGACUCAUGGUGUCUUGCUGUUCAUCUUGAUAAGAUGGUUCCUUACAUCACAGUUGCAUUGGCUGAAUCUAAACUUGGUGCAGAGGGGCGAAAAGAUCUUUUUGAUUGGCUAACGAGGCAUUUAUCAAAGGCCAAUGAUUUAUCUGAUGCUUCACACCUCUUAAAGCCAACUGCUACUGCUUUGACUGAUAAAUCAGCAGAGGUUCGAAAGGCUGCUGAAUGUUGUUUGGGUGAAGUUUUGAGGGUUUGUGGACAAGAGGCAGCUAUCAAAUGCAUGAAGGAACUCAAGGGACCUGGGCUGGCUCUUGUACUUGAGAGGUUAAAGCCUUCUGGGUUGACUGAAGAAAUUUUAGAUUCCACAAGAUCUGUUUCUGGUGGUCUGGCUUCGAGAUCCACCAUAAAGAAUGGAAAACCAGGAUCCAAUAUCAGCAACGACCGUGGCUUGAGACAUGGCAUGAAGGCUACAACAAUGAGAAGUGUUCCAUCAAGGGCUUCAAAAUUUGAACCUUUUGUUUCUGCUCAAGAUCUUGCAGUCCAGUCACAGGCUUUAUUUAACAUCAAGGACUCAAAUAAGGAAGAUAGGGAGAGGUUUGUUGUUCGUAGAUUCAAGUUUGAGGAGCCACGUGUUGAGCAAAUUCAGGAUAUGGAGUAUGAUUUUGUGAAGCAUUUCAGAGAAGACCUACAUAGGCGACUUUUAAGCACAGAUUUUAAAAAGCAAGUAGAUGGGCUUGAAUUAUUGCAAAAGGUUUUACUGUCAAAUAGGAAAGAAAUAAUUGAACUUCUUGACAUACUCUUAAGGUGGUUUGUUUUGCGGUUGUGUGAGUCCAACACAACAUGCUUGUUGAAGGUGCUUGAAUUCCUUCCUGAGCUUUUUGGUAUUCUAAAGGAUGAGGGUUACACUUUAACUGAGGCAGAAGCCGCAAUGUUUCUUCCAUGCCUAAUGGAGAAGUCUGGUCACAACAUUGAAAAAGUCAGGGAAAAGAUGCGUGAAUUGAUGAAGCAAAUUGUUAACAUUUAUUCAGCUUCAAAGUUCCUUCCUUAUGUUUUGGAGGGCUUGCGAUCAAAGAAUAAUCGUACUCGAAUAGAAAGUGUUGAUUUCAUUGAAUACUUGAUUGAUCAUUAUGGAGCUGAGAUUAGUGGACAAUUAAAAUGUUUGCAACUUGUUGCUGGGUUAACAUCAGAACGAGAUGGUGAAAUCAGAAAAUCUGCUCUUAAUACAAUGGCUACUGCUUAUAAAAUUAUUGGGGAAGAUGUAUGGAGAUAUGUUGGAAAGCUAUCUGAUGCACAAAGGAGUAUGCUAGACGAUAGAUUUAAAUGGAAGGCUAGGGAGAUGGACAAGAGAAAAGAAGGGAAGCCUGGAGAGGCCAGAGCUGCUUUGAGGCAUUCAGUGAGAGAGAAUGGUCUAGAUGUAGCAGAACAGAGUGGAGAAGUUUACUUACAUUCUGUCUCUGUUCCUGUGGCAACAAGGGAAAAUGAUGUUUAUGCUGACUCCGACGAAAGGCACAUUUCAGCUCGACAAUUUGCUACUGCACAUGGUCUCACCGACUGGCUUAAAGCUAUUGAUAUCAUUGCAAUGGGUUCACCUGAACAGUCAGUUGAAGGUAUGAAAGUUAUAUGCCAUGAGCUAACACAGGUCACAGGUGACCCUGACAGCGGUUCAAUUGAAGAUAUCGCUAAAGAUGCUGAUAGAUUGGUCUCCUGCUUGGCGACAAUGGUUCCUAAUACCUUUAACUUCAGCCUCUCUGGAGCUUCUUCAAGAUCUUGUAAAUAUGUGCUUAAUACACUUAUGCAGGCCUUCCAGAUCAAAAAACUUGCACAUGCUGUGAAAGAGAAUACACUAGACAACCUGAUCACUGAACUUCUUCUUUGGCUUUUGGAUGAAAGAGUGCCUCUGAUGGAUGAUGGUAGCCAAUUAUUGAAAGCACUUAAUGUUUUGAUGCUCAAAAUUCUGGAUAAUGCAGAAAGAACAUCAUCUUUUGUGGUGCUAAUUAAUCUAUUGAAACCUUUGGACUCCUCGAGGUGCUCAUCCCCUGUAUCUUCUGAAGCACUCAUUACCAGGAAUCAGAAGUUCUCAGAUCUAGUUGUUAAAUGUUUAAUUAAGCUGACCAAGGUUUUACAGAGCACAAUUUACGAAGUCGAUCUUGAUCGUGUUCUUCAAAGCAUUCAUGUAUACUUGCAAGAACUGGGAAUGGAAGAGAUACGGAGGAGGGCUGGAGCUGAUGACAAACCACUUCGGAUGGUUAAAACUGUUCUGCAUGAACUUGUGAAGCUCCGUGGUACAGCUAUAAAGGGUCACCUUUCUAUGGUACCUAUAGAUACAGAGCCUCAACCUAUCAUUCUUGCUUAUAUUGACCUAAAUCUUCAGACGCUUGCAGCUGCUAGAAUGCUGACUCCAUCUGGUCCCAUGGGCCCAACAAAUUGGGGUGAUACUGCUUCAAACAGUCCAACUCAUGCAACACAUUCAGCAGAUGCUCAACUGAAGCAAGAACUUGCUGCAGUAUUUAAGAAAAUUGGUGACAAGCAAACUUGUACCAUCGGACUAUAUGAACUCUACCGUAUUACUCAACUCUACCCCAAGGUAGAUAUAUUUGCUCAGCUCCAAAAUGCUAGUGAGGCUUUUAGAACCUAUAUUAGAGAUGGAUUGGCUCAGAUGGAGAAGAAUGCAGCUGCUGGAAGGACACCUUCUAGUCUUCCCAUGUCAACUCCACCUCCCUUAGCAACUCUCCCAUCUCCAAAGUUUGGAGCCCUAUCUCCUGUACGCACAAAGUCAAUUAGUGCAAAAAGUGAAAGCAUAUACUCUAAUGUUGCUGUUCCAUAUGCGGAAGAUGAUGCUGGUGGGACAACAGCAGCUUUGAGGGGUCAAACUGAUCCAUCAGAGUUUAGGUCUCACUUAGGAGAUGAUCGCAUGGACCGAUAUCCAGCUGCUCCUGCAGUAACAAUGGGGACUCUGGAUGCCAUCAGAGAGCGGAUGAAAAGCAUUCAAGCUGCAGCCGCUGCUGGCAGCUUGGAUGGUUCAGCCCGACCAUUAGCACAUAUCAAUAGUAAUGUGCUUCAUGGAGUUGAUCAUAUUGAUGGGGAAACCCUGGCCCAGAUCAAUGUUCUUCCAAUGGAUGAGAAGGCAUUAUCCGGAUUGCAAGCACGAAUGGAAAGGCUAAAAAGUGGAUCCCUUGAAAUGCUUUAGCUGACGGUGUCACACUAUUACAGGUUAUAUAGACCAAUGUAAACGACAACAGAGAGCUACACUUCCAGUUUUUUGGUGCACUAGAUGGUGGGCUUGCGGAAAUGUGGCCUGGUACAACCUGGUGCCAUCUUUAUGGUGAUGGUACGUCAGGUGGUUAUAUUCAUAUAUGAAAUGAUCGUACGUUUGUUGUUUAUAGUAUUUUUCAUUGGUCCAAUGUCACAGGGUGAUUCUUUGACAUGUCCAUAAUUUUUGUCUUGAAAUCGUGUACAUGCUAAAACUCGCUGAGUUCAUUUGUUCAACCCACUAUCCUUAUUUA